UCUGUCUGUUUGAAUUGGGGGAAGUGCUUCAUUAUCACCAAAGUCUUUAAAAACGAGCACAGAGCAGAGAUUCUCAGAUGGGACAGAGGGAGCAGAGAGCGGAAGCAGGUCUCCAACGAGGGACAAUGGGCUCUCUCUCAUCUUUGUGGCUGUGUCUGGCCCUGCCAAGUGUGCUCUGGGCCUCACAUGUCACUCUGCUGGUGGAGGGGGAGAAUACUGCCUCCAGGAUCUGCAAGCCUGCCCCCCACUGGGAAAUCAAGGGCCAAGCACCCAUGAAUGGGGUGCAGGGAGAUUUGGUAGUAGUGGCUCUUCUGAAGGCUACCUGACAGCUCUGUCUCCAGCAGGCAGCCAAAAUUGGCCGCCUGCAGGAGAAGCUUGAUCGUAGCAACAUGACAGGGGUGUCCUUCAUGAUUGUGAAUGAGAAGAGGGCUGAGUCCAGAGCCAUGUACUGGGAGCUGAAGAGGAGAGCGCCCCCUAGUGUUCCUGUAUACCAGCAAGCACCUUUACAAGAGGAUGUGUGGGACAUCUUGGAUGGGGACAAAGAUGACUUUCUCGUCUAUGACAGAUGCGGUCUUUUGACUUUCCAUAUAGUCCUUCCAUAUAGUUUGCUGAAUUUACCCUAUGUGGAAGCUGCUAUCAGAGCAACUUAUUUUAGAGAUAUCUGCAACUGCACAGGCCAUUCCAACCAUACCACCAGUGGGAGUAGUUUCAGGAACCAGACAACACCUGUCUCUUCAGCACCUGCAGCAGAGGAAAUGGGCCCAACGUCACCACCUCCACGCUCACACCACCACCACCAUCAUCACCAUCAUUAUCCUCAUCACCAUGGCAACCAUCACCACCACCAGCAGCACCACCACCACCACAACAGGACUCAGAAUCAACACAAUAAGCAAAAGAAGUAAUCCUAAAGUCAUUGUCACUAUUCAUUAUUACAACUGCCAAAGUUUCAAAAGUAAAUGCUGUAUCUUUUGAAUUGGCAAAUCCAAAUCCACAAAAUGGUGUCUAAACAGGAAACUCAAGACCAGCAUAAAACUUUUUGUUACUUUCAGAAUAACUUAAUGACAUUGCAUUUAAUUCAUAAGGCAAGUAAAAUAUCUGUUGUCAAUAUACAGAUUUUGAUGUCAUUGUGUAUGCACCGUAGGUUUGUCACUUAAUGAUAAGGUUAAUCUUUUGUUGUUUUUUUCCUAUUAUUUCUUAUAAAACACCACAACACAGUGUACAGUAGUAAGUAUAGAAUGUUUUAGUAUUAGCUAAUAGAUAACAUUGUAAAUAUCUUCUUGCUCCUGUGUGGUUGACGUGAGCAGGUAUGUCCAGUGAAUGAAAUCUGCAGUGAAAACCUGACACCAGGGAGCUGUGGGUUGAUGUAUGUGGGCAUGUACUCACUCACUACCAACCAAACAGAACAAGUUUACUUUUCAUAUGUUUAUCUUUCAGUCAAUACUAUCGCUACUUUCUACUUUUAACAGGCUACAGGGCAGGAUAUCAGGGUACAGUAUCACAAAUGUGUUUUCUCAUUGCAUUGUCUUUAUUCUGUGUUUAAAAUGUACAAUAAAGUUAUCUUCGGUGUCUGCUCUAAACCUGGAAAAAAGACAGGACUUCUGAGAGGACAUUUGACAUAUUAUCAAAUCUAAAUUAAUAUGAGCUUUUUGCACUGGUGAAGAGAGGGCAACAGAACGAUACAUAGGCUGUGACACUGCUUUGAAUGUUGCUUGAUGAUUGCAUACAAAAUGCGCUAUCCUCCAAAGCAGUCUGGCCAAUAGGAUUUGUCAUUGAAGACUUGAGCUUCUCCACAGCCAUAUGUCCCUUUGCAACAGGUUAGACCAGCAGUUGACUGGAAGACAAGAAGCCACUCACACAGA